AUGGCUUGGUGGAACAUGCUGGAUUCGUACGUGGCAAUAGCGGAAGUUAAAGCCAUGAGGCCCGUCAUGUGGUUCCUGCAGCUAGUGUUGGCAGGCAUAUCCUGGCUACCUGUGAGACACUACAUGCCUAAUAUGGAUCAAGAAAGGUUCGACUUCAUCGUGGUGGGUGCGGGGUCGGCGGGGGCCGUGGUUGCUGCACGGCUAGCCGAGGUGCCCGAGUGGCGAGUGCUGCUUAUUGAGGCGGGGGGCGACCCGCGUUUUGACAGUCAGCCUUUUGCCUUAUUACAGCUUCCCAGCUUCACUCCGUUCGUGGCUAACACAGAAUUUGACUGGAACUACUACACUGAAGACGACGGAUACUCCAGCCAGGCUCAUAGGACGAAAAACAUCCGCUUCACCCAAGGCAAAAUACUCGGGGGUUCCAGUAGCACCAACUACAUGUACUACGUGCGAGGGAAUUCGCAGGAUUAUGAGCUAUGGAGCGCAUUGGGUGCUGAAGGGUGGGACUAUCGUAACGUUACAUAUUAUUUCAUGAAGAGCGAAUCAAUGAAAAGUCCGGAUAUCGUAAGAGCGUCCCCAUCCCUGCAUAGCACAGAAGGCCCUAUGGGAGUCACAUGGAUUCCCUGGGACCGGUAUACUAAAAACUUCCUUUUAGCAUUUGAGCAUUAUGACGUUCACCUUGAUACCAAUCAAUUUGAUCAGCUGGGGUAUUCAUACCCUCAGUACACAAUAUGGGACAAAGUUCGACAAAGUUCUGCUAACGCUUUUCUCCGACGUGCCAAACAUCCGGAAAAUUUAUACGUUCUCAAGAGCUCCUUAUGCACUAAGGUACUUAUCGAUGUAAAUAAAACAGCGUUUGGCGUGGAGAUUAAAUUACCCAGUAAAGAAAUCAUCCACACCUAUGCUACAAAGGAAAUAAUUUUAUCUGCCGGUGCUAUUAACACCCCCAAAUUGUUGAUGUUAUCAGGAAUCGGCCCCAGAGGUCAUUUGACUGAAAAGGGUAUUCCUGUGUUGGUUGAUUUGCCAUUAGUAGGUAGGAACUUGCAAGACCAUGCUGCCACAAUUGUAAUACUGACAGGCAAAAAAGGCAUUGAAUCUGCAUAUCAUAACUUUAAAUUAUUAGCGAAUCUUCACCAAUUUCCUACUCCUACUAUAAUGGGCUUCGAAAGUAUACACGACAGCACUGGGAUCCCAGAUUAUCAAACUUUUGUAUUUCCGCUUCCAGCGGCAACUCUAAUUUCGACUUUGAUUUGUUCAUACGUGAUAGAUCUCGAUGACAGAAUUUGCACAGCUGUGGCAGAGAUUGGUCAAAAACAAGAAACUCUUUUUACUUUGUUAACAUUGCUGCAUCCACAGUCCAGGGGACGUGUAGAGUUGAGGAGCAACAAUCCUGAAGUCGCUCCAAAAAUAUUUACAGGAUAUUAUUCCAAUGAUCAAGAUCUAGAAAUACAUGCAAAAAGUGUUAUGGAUUACAUUCAUAUCACUGAAAGCCAUUAUUUAAAGAGUCUCAAUUCUACGGUUGUUAACCUGAGAGUUCCUCAAUGUGAGAAUAUACCAUUCAACACUCUUACGUACUGGAAAUGUCACAUUCUGAACACGGCUACAACCGUUUGGCAUCCAGUCGGAACUUGUGCGAUGGGUCAUGAUGGCCACAGCGUAGUAGAUGCUAAUUUGAGGGUGCGACGUGUUCGUAGGCUAAGAAUAGGUGACGCUAGCGUUAUGCCGACCAUCACUAGUGGUAAUACUAAUGCGCCUUGUAUUAUGAUUGGAGAGAAAUUGGCAGAUAUGAUCAAAGUGGCCCAUCACAAGAAACGGACCUAA